UGCAGACUCAUUACGGAGUCGUCUUCGAAGAGGCAUUGCGGUCGCCAUGCCCCGUUGAUUCAUCCCGCGAGCUGACCAUGUCGGCAGCCGCAGCUGCGGCAGCAACAACAGGUGGUUCGAAGAAGCGCAAGGCGAUUAACGGUGAUGCUGUUGACGCGGCAGGCCAGCCGGCUGAUGACCACCACCCUCCCGCCCCUCGUAUCGGCCGUCAGUCACUCGACAAGGCCAUCGCCGCAGCCAACACCGCUCUCCUCGCCAUGGAGAAUGCCGCCAGGAGUGCCCGCCAGCAGCUGCAGAGCAAAGCCGAGGCCAUCAAACAGCUGAUUGAGAGCACGGGCGGCAAGUUGGAGCUGACGGGCGGCAUCGAGGGGAAGGUGGAGGUCAAUGUGGGCGGCCGGGUGGUGGGUGUGUCGCGCAAGGGGCUGAUGCUGGAUCAGCUCCGCCGCACCUACUUCGCCCAUCUGCUGCUGUACUGCGUGGACGCCCUGCCGCGAGAUGAGGAGGGGCGGCCGUUCCUCGACGCAGACUUCAACUAUGUCAAGUGGUAGGUGGAAUCAAGGGGAAUGGGGGUCUGUCUGGUCUGUGUUCAUUGCGCUUUGUUUGCUCUCCUUGGCGCUCUUCAGGUUGUCUGACGAGAUAGCUUUGGUUGAGGGUGCUGACUCCUCAGCUGAGGAGCACGAGAUCGAGUUGGACGACACACAGAAGGAGGACCCUUCGUUCGCCUUCUACCACGAGCUGUUCCUCACCCAGACCACACUCGAGAUCGACGUGCGAUCAGACGACACAGAUAUGGACGACAGAGAGGCGGCGGAGGGCAACAAGGAGGGCGGCGACGGCGAGGGGGGCGAUGGAGAGGGGGCAGGAGAUAGCAGCGGGGAGGAGACUGCCGGCAGUCGGCUGCGUGAGUACUUGGAUAGCUACAACGAUGCGGUGGCGGUGCUGGAGAAGGCGGUAGUACAUUUGGAGGGAUUCGGGAGGGCAAUGGGGUCCUUUCUCCGAGCAGAGGACGGCGGCGCCCACGAGGUGAAGACCGUGACCGUCCUGCGCAAGAAGGUGUCGACCACCGAGGCGACGCUAUCGCAGCUCGGCCCCGACAACCUCCUCUACAAGCGAUUCAGGUGGGAAUGCACCAAGCACCAUACAGACUUCGAUUUGAGGGGUGCAUUGUGUUCAUUCCUCUCUUGUGUGUGUGGCGUGCAGCGGUGAGAUUGUGCAGGGCGACGUACCGAUCCGGCAGACAUCCGUUGAGCACUUCACAAAGGUGACACACAACCACGACGCACACAAGAGGGGAGAGAGAGAGAGAGAGAGAGAGGAGGUCACAUUGCAAGUCCUUCUGGCGGCCAUUCAGUUGGUGGAUUUUGCUCGCCGCCUUCGACUCGAGAAGCGGCCCGGUGCCGUGGUCAAGAAGCCCACAGCCAAGCCCAAGUAUAUCGCUCAGUUGAAGGUAUGGCUGAUCCGUCCACACAUGGAUGCAUCAAGGCGGCCAUGCACUCAACCUGUUUGUGUGUGUGUGUGUGUGUGUGUGCAGAAGGAUGUUGAGAUGUAUGGCCUCAAGAUGGAGGACAUCUAUCGGCCCCCGGCCCCACUGCUCACCUUCGAGGAGACGCAGGAGGUGCUGGCCAUGACAGAGAUACCCAGCCCCUCGAUCAAACUUCUCUACAGGUAAGCAGAAACGACCAUCUGAUCUCUCGCAAUGUCGCCCCAUUGCCCUCUGCCCGCUUGCCCUCUGUCAGAUCGACGCGUGACGGUGGUGACUUCGGCACGAUGGUGGACAAGGUGGGCGACGCGAGCGGUCUGCUGUUCCUUAUCAAUCACGACGACACACACCGAUUCGGAGCCUUCGUCGAGGGACAAGUCAAGCCGCCCACCGACCCCAGACAGACCAAUGGAUACAAGGUGCCCCACUUCUUCAUUUCCAUCAGCGGUGCGUACGGCAAAGUCACCAAGGUGCCCAUCCCCGAGGCCAAACAGACGGUGCAGGUCGCCGGCCGCGACGCCUCCAUCCAAUCCACCAAUGAGGAUAUCCGCGGCAAGGUGGGUUGAUGGCGGGCGAACGAGAACAGCCACAGUCAUCUGUGGGUCAAUUCGCACGUCUUGUGCGCAGAUGACCAUUGGCCACGGGUAUCUGUGGUUUGCCUUGGCCAGCCCCGGCCCGUCAGACGACGUGCGCAGCCUGGGGCAUUUCGUCAAGACGGAGGACUUGCCCGACAACGGCUACCUCGGCCGGUUCAGCGGCGACAGCGGCACACUGGCGGGAGACUGGUACUUCACCGCCAAGGAGAUCGCCAUCUACCAGGUGAGGUACCGAGGGGAAGGCAGAGACACGUCGAUGAAUCGAGGGAUUGAAUUUCUGACUAAAUGAAUGUCUGUGUGCUCUGUAGGUGAAGUCGGCAUGAGUGAGGGGAGCAGCCGCUGUGGCAGCAGCAGUGGAAGACAUAGCUUUGCAUAGACAUGACAGACCGAUUUCCGUGUGUGCGUGGAUGGAUGGAUGGACCUUCAUGCGUGCAUGUCGCAAUUUUGAUCCACGAUAAUGCAGUCCACUGACACACACCAG